UGGCGUAGCGCGGGGAAAAGGAGGAAAGCGCGGCUUUUACGACGCUCGGCUUGGCGGUGCUUGGCGGCCGUCCCGGGUAACCCCGGCGAGCGUGGCGAGGAGCCCGAGGCCCGGUGGCAGGUGUUGGGAUUUCUCCAGCAGUUGCAGUCCCGCUUGUGCAGAAUGGACCCUGUUGUCCUGAGUUACGUGGACAGUUUGCUGAGACAAUCUGAUGUUUCCUUGCUAGACCCUCCCUGCUGGCUUAACGACCACAUCAUUGGGUUCGCCUUCGAGUACUUUGCCAACGACCGGUUCCGAGACUUCUCCGAUCAGGUCUGUUUCGUGGGCCCUGAGGUGGCUCAGUUCAUCAAAUGCACAACGAACCAGGAGGAACUGGCCCUGUUCCUUGAGCCACUGGACCUCCUGCACAAGAAAAUUGUGUUCCUGGCUAUCAAUGACAACUCCAACCAGGCAGCUGGUGGCACUCACUGGAGCUUGCUGGUGUAUUUCCAAGACAAAAACUGCUUUGCUCACUAUGAUUCCCAUAUCAGGUGUAACUCCAUGCACGCCAAACAGGUCGCCAAGCAUUUGCAGUCAUUCCUUGGCAAAAGAGGCAAAAUGGCCUUUGUAGAGGAGACGGCUCCAGCCCAGCAGAAUAGCUAUGACUGUGGGAUGUACGUGAUCUGUACCACGGAGGUCGUGUGCCAAGAAUUCUUCCAGGGGCAGCAGGAACCGGUACUUCAGCUCCUGACUCCUUCCUAUAUAACAGGCAAGAGAGGAGAAUGGAAAGAACUCAUCUCUAGGCUCUCCAAGAAAUGACUUGCGAUUCUCCAGCCACUGGUCGUCUUGUUUUCGUCUUGUUCCCUGUGCCUGAGAGGGGAAGAUGGUGCACAAGACUGCUUUUUCCCUACAGAAAGAAUGUACUUACCUUUGCACUUCUGCACUGCAUUAUUCUGCUGUUGAUCAGAAUAAUGCCAAGCCCCGGGAAGCGGCUACGCGUCUUCCCUACAGUUUGGAGCAGCUGCGGCUCAGCCGUUACACCCCACCCCUAUAUCUCCGCCCCCCCCCCGGUUCCUGUGAUGUUCAAGUUCUUUGUAGGCCUGUGUGUGAUCCAGUUUCAGUGAUGUCAGUGGCAGAGACAUUGCUUCUAUUUAACUAUG